AUGCGGGAAUCAUUUGUAUUAAUUAUCUCGCUAUUUGCAAUCUCUAUACGAUGUUCGAAUUUAGACCGGGAUGGUUUUAAUAUAUAUAAAGCUGACCAUUUACGAACUCGUCCCGACAUUGAGCCUGUAAAUGUUGAGGUGAUUGGAGAUCGGAUAUUGUAUUUCUACCGAGCACCACUACAAAUGUACUUGACUCAGCUACCGGCGGAUACUCAGGAAUACCGGAAGGGCGAAGCUAAUAUAUUUAAAAAUCAUAUGCUGAACAAAGAACUAAGUCCUGCGGAAAAGCGUACCUCUAAAGCAGCUUUGUCGCAAAUGUUGCAGAGCAAGCACGAUGCUGAACAUACGUAA